AUAAGUCAUGCACUUCUAGGUCUAGUUUCUAAGUGAUCUAUUCGAACAUAAUAUUAAUAAAAACAUGAUUUAGCUCAGCUUUUGUUUUAGUCGGUAGAAUUAACUGCUAUCAAAGCGUGCGUGAUAAAUAUAAUGGUUUACAGUUUCGCCAGCAGUGAAAAUGACACUGUACUGGUUUUAUACACCUUUAUUUAUUUAUUUUUUGCUGGGUGUUUUGUAGCACCACCAACAGAAUUCGUUUCAGCAGGUGUAACCAUUCAAAAUCUACUAUCUCAUUGGCUUGGUAGUGAAGAUUUCCAUUUUAUAUACUAUCAUAUAAAAAGGAUAACAGCAACUGUCAUAAUACAUAGCAUUUUGCCAUUAGGUUAUUAUCUAGGCCUUGGUUUAUUUGCACCAGAGUUGAGCUUGUACAAUUUAGAUCAACUGAGCAUCCUCUGGUCAGUUUAUUUGAUCUUCAGCUUGGUACUACUUGGCUUCUCACUGUUGCUUGCAAUCUACUGGCAUGGUGGGAAUUGGGAUAAUCAUCCAUUGGCCAAAGAGUUAAAACUUCUUGGUGGUGAAGGUAAUUCAUGGCGGUCAGUGGCAUCAUCCAUAAAUGUGGAGUUCAGGCGUGUAGAUAAGUUCACAAGUGGCAUACCCAGUCGACUUGUGGCUGUGACUGAUUCAUGGAUUAUCAAAACCUCAACUUACUAUGUUUAUAUUGCUCAUCAGAAUGACAUUCACUUGACUCUGUCUGAUGCAGAAGAGCAUUCAUUAUCAUAUCAGAACCAGAUGGCAGUACAGUACCUUAAUAUUACGGUGGCUAGCAUUCAGCCCGGAUUAAAACCAUUCACAAUAAGACUCAACUCUCUAGAACUGGGAGAUCUAAAAGAAAAGUUACAAGCACCUAUCAGGAAUGCUAGAAACAUCGUUAUUCAACAGUCACUCAGUGAUAGAUUUUUAAAAUCUUUUAAAGAGUUUGUGGACAGUAAUCCUAUUUAUGUAUUGCCACCUACCAUGGAAGUUGAGCAGUGUAUUGGCUGCAUGCAGAAGAUGUCAGAUGUUAAGUUGCAGAAAAACUGUGAUAAUCCUGAGGGCGGAGUUCCAGACAACAAUUGCGUACAGUGUUUCUGCCGCCCUAUGUGGUGUAUGGAAUGCAUGGGGAAAUGGUUUGCCAGCCGUCAAGACCAUCAGAGGCCAGAGACAUGGUUAUCUAGCAAAUCCCCUUGUCCUACUUGUAGAGCUCGCUUCUGUGUCCUAGAUGUGUGUAAAAUACAAACAGCUCAAUAAUA